ACUUGGCACUUUUACGGCGCCCAAGUGGUAAAACCGAGAGAGAGAGAGAGACUGGAAGACGGAGAAGGAAGCCCGGCGCACGCCCAACAAAGACUCUGAAGCAGAAAAGCCAUGUCCUCCGCCUCUUCCACCUCCGCCACCGGCGGCAACCAACCUGCCAGACCAACCGCCAAGCAAGCUAUCGUCCGCCUUGCCGUCAAGGAUGACGUCCCCCACAUCCACCGAAUGAUCUAUCAGAUGGCCGUCUUCGAGCGCCUCACCCACCUCUUCUCUGCCACCGAAGAGUCCCUCUCCUCCACCCUCUUCCCAGACGAUCCCUCCCAAUCGCCCCCCACUGUCUUCAUCCUGGAGCUCUCUGAUGACGGUACUCCACCACUGCCCCAACACCCAUCUGACUGUCUCCAUCCGUUGGUCCGGCGGGUUGAGUUCACAACCACCGUCGACGACCCUGAGUCGGAGUCCUUCAUCUCGUCUCCGGGGACUGUGGUCGCCGGGUUCGUUCUCUUCUUCCGGAACUACUCGACCUUCAUGGCAAAGCCGGGGUUGUACAUAGAGGAUCUGUUCGUGAGGGAGCCUUACCGGAGAAGGGGGCUGGGAAGGAUCCUGCUGACGGCGGUGGCAGAGCAAGCGGCAAAAACAGGGAUGGGGAGGGUGGAGUGGUGCGUGCUGGAUUGGAACGUCAACGCCAUCAAGUUCUACGAGGAAAUGGGCGCGGAGGUCCUGCAGGAAUGGCGGAUCUGCAGGCUUACCGGCGACGCCUUGGAGGCUUACGGGCGCAAUGCAGAUUGAGAGAUCCACCAGGUUCUUGUGGUCAUUCUCUUGUUUCUGCCGUUUUGGGGUUCUUGGUCGGUUCUCCUUUCCUCUUGUGGAUUUUGUUGGGUUUUUCUGGGUAAUGCGUUCGGCCAUUUGUAGCGGAAGAUGAAGAACAUUGUUUCUAUUGUCAUUUGCUUUUCAAGUGGACGAUCUUUGCCAGUUGAUUUUGGGGGAGGCUUCGAUGAAUAAAAAGUGAUGUUGGAAAGCUUCAACUUUUUUA